UUAGAAAACUAAAAAUCUACAGAAUGCAUUCCGUUUAAAAACUUUUACAGGAAUUCGAUUAAAAAUGUUUGUAAUUUUGAUUUUGACGGGGAGCGCAAAGGUGCGUUUAUUCUUAUUGGGAUCGGGCACGGUAUGCUGAUAAUACAUUAUGGCGGCAAAAGAUGAUUUCUGCGUUGAUAACUCCGAUGACUUUGAGUUUGAUUAUGAUGAUGAUCGUAAUCUAUGUCAACCUCCAAAAUUCAAAAGGAAAAGACCAUCAUCAUCAUCAUUUCAUCAAGACUCAAGUUCAAGUAAUUCACCUGGAAGCUGCAGUGCAAGACGUGAAAGUACGCAACAUGUACCAUCUGUGUCAGAGUGGACCACAAAAACGCUUGAUAAAUUUGGAAUAGUCUUCGAAGACAAUCCAAUUUCUAUUGACGAAUUUACACAAACAAUUCAGGCACAUCAUGUGUGUGAAAAAACAGUGCCAGAUUUUUAUUCGAGUCUGAAUGUUUUAAGCAAAAGAGGACUUGCAUUUUCUCUUGAGGUACCAGAAAAUGAAGCUUCGAAAAGUUUAGAUAAACAAGCUGAUAGUAUGAAAAAGGUCCGAGAAAUUCUAAGCAACUUCGAUGCAUUUAUAAAUGAUGUAUUGGAAGAAGAGGAUAAUGAACUUGGUAAAGAACAACGCAACAAAGCGAUGUUUUUUGUUUGGUCCUAUAGUGUGCGUAGUUUUCUUAACUACUACAAGAAGUUUUUAGAAAUGAUGAACUCGAGCAUGACCGAGUGUUGGUUUGCAAUACAAGAUAAAGAAUUACACUUGCGAGAACUGUUCAUGGUCUUUUCUAGGAUAUUUUUUCUUGAACCGGAACUGGGAAACAAAGUAGUGAAGCGGUUCAUCAUAGGGACAAAAGUGGUUUCAGGCAGUCCAGAUAUAAGAUACACAUGUACAAAUCCACUCCAGCGGCGUGUUCUUCUGAUGCUUACAGAGGCGAAAAAAUCAGAAUCUUGGGGAGAAAAGAAACCAUUUGAAUGGAGGAACUCUGGACAUUCAAGUGAUAGUUCUUCAGAGACUGACCCCAAGGUUGGAAACUUUAUACAGAGAAUAGUUGAUGCUCAUGAUCUCGGACAACAUGGUGGAAAAUUACUUUUAGAAUUAUCAUCAUCAGUCUUUGCUCCAACAAUGGUUGUUGGGUGCAUAUGUAUGGGGACAGAGGUUAUCUUCACAUACCUAGAAACGAAAGAAGCUCAUCUGAAUAAGAUUACAUAUGAUGGUAGAUGUGAUGAUGAAAUCAGUUAUAUACGGUAUACAGAACCAUUGAACUAUCUGAUUGAAGAAGAUCGUAACAAAUGCAUAGAUCUGUUCUUCCUGCUUGGUUUUAUGCAGACUUCUGGAUAUGAAAAUUUAUUUCCAGAUCCUCCAAAAAAUUAAUAAAGUUAUCUAAAUGAA